CCAAGAAAGGCGGAAACUGGAUAUUCCUGAAUCUCGUGGGGCUAUUUAUCUUAAGAGAAUAUAUACCUCAAAGAUAGCAUCAUUGAUCCAACGAAAUUAGUGGGUGUCCUCAAACCACCCCUCUUUUGCUCCACCUUUUAAACCCUUAGCUACAUUUCUCUCUUCUCAGAAAUAUAAUUUCAAAUCUUGUUUUCUUCCACAUUUCCUUUUUUCAUUUUUAUCAUUCAAAUCAUAAACCUUGAUUUUUAUGCUUCUUUCUUCUUUGUUUAUGCUUCAUUUAUCAUCUAUCCCAAACCCAAACCCUUUUCCUUUUAUACUAAGACCAACAAGUUUUUAUUUAUCAUUCUCUUGUAAUUUCCUUCAUCUCAUUAUCAAAUGGACCCCGUAGAGCUACAUAGAAUUUUCCAAAUGUUCGAUCGCAAUGGCGAUGGAACCAUUACAAAAAAGGAGCUCAACGACUCGUUACAAAACUUGGGAAUACACAUUGAGGAACAAGAACUCAUCCAUAUGAUUGAAAAAAUAGACGUAAACGGAGAUGGAUACAUAGACGUAGAUGAAUUUGGGACAUUAUACAAGACAAUAAUGGACGAGAAGGAUGAAGAGGAAGACAUGAGAGAAGCUUUCAAUGUGUUUGAUCAAAAUGGUGAUGGAUAUAUAACCGUGGAGGAGUUGAGGUCAGUUUUAGGGUCAUUAGGAUUGAAUCAAGGCAAAACUUUAGAAGAUUGUAAGAGGAUGAUCAUGAAAGUUGAUGUAGAUGGUGAUGGUAUGGUUGAUUUUAAAGAAUUUAGACAAAUGAUGAAAGGUGGUGGAUUUUCAUUGACAUGAAAAUUAGAUGAAAGGAAGAAAAAGAAAGAAAAAAGAAAAGGAUAUGUACAACUGUAUAUCCUUUUCUGUAUGUGGCCCUUUCGAAGAAUUAAUACAUGUCAAUUUUUUUUAAUCUUGUGAUCA